ACCCAACAACUUUGACAUCCUAUCGCAACCAUCUCUUACAGAAUCAUUAUUUUUUUGGUUCAAUCCUGUUUCUGAUAUGCUUGAUCGCAAGCUAGACAUUAUCAAAUUGGACUUCAUUGUUUACUGUUAGCGCUGAUAGAAGAUGAUCUUAGAAAAACUAAGUGAAAUUCAAAUCGUUAAAAGUCAUUGUCUUAUCUUUCAAUCACUUUUUUAAAAUUGUUAUGAGUUCCAAGAGCACUUUAAUCUUUACUUCUACGGCUCGCAAACGAGUGUCUGAAAAAUUACGAUGACGUCCUUUCCACUAAGAAGAAAAAACUACUUUACACAGUAAUUCUGGCAUCAAACAGAUAAAUGUACUUAUUAGCAUCGUCCUAUCAUUGUGACUUGGCGCUAUAGUACAAGAAGAAGGUAUUGAUUCAUUCAUCAUCCUAAGGAAUUUAAAAGUAUAGCUUAGAUUAGAUAACGGUAACGAAUUACCCGUUUAUCGUUUGGAAGCACCUUGAAAACCCUUGUCCUGUUACAUAUCGCUACAAAAUUGAUUACGCUUUCAGCGGGAUAGCCUUUGGCAAGAGGCCUAUCUCUGCGUACCGCGCAUUUGAUAACACCGAUGAAGUUAUAGACCUUCCGUCAAUCGCAAUUUGUUUUCAAAUAGCACAAAAAAAAAAUUAAGUGAACAUCUUACAUUGCGAGCCAGAGACUGACAAAGACGGGGUCUAAACAUGGUGUGUUUUCAGUUCGUGCAUUUGCUGUGCUGUACUCUUAUUUUCUUUCUUGUGGAUGCGAAAAUAGUAUCUCAAGCCUCGACUGGCUACCAACAGCAGUCGUGUGGUUGCCAUGGAAGGGAUGGGCGAGAUGGAAGAGACGGCUUGAGUGGAAGGGAUGGUGUCAAGGGUGACCCGGGUGAUCAGGGCACAACUGGCCAGAAAGGUGAACCGGGAGUGUGCGAUCUUAAAGAACUUCAAGCGAUCAAGUCAAAGCUGGAAAAGCUAACUCAAGACCUAGAAACACUUAAAAACCAACCUAAGCAGAUGACAAACUCUGGUAAAGAAACGAAGUGUCGACAAGGCUUUCACUUCUUUGAGAAAUUCAAACAAAUUCCUACAACGGGAGUAUCAGAUGUCAAAUCGUUUUGGAUCGGUAGUGACCAUUUUCUGGUGUUUGCAAGCUACUAUGGCGACAUUGCUGGCCAUGAAGCUGAGUCUGUCGUCUUCGAAAUAAAGAACGGACAAUUUAUUAAAAACCAGACGCUGGCAGCCCGCGGUGGUUACUAUAUCGAGCACUUCAUUAUCGAUAGAGAGCAUUACAUGGCCAUCGCAAACCGGGAAGACGGCGUAACUGGUUGGAAACUAAACUCAAUCAUUUACAAGUGGAGCAGACACCGGUUUGAAGUGUUCCAGAUGUUUCCAACCAAUGGUGGGUCUGGCUUCAAGUAUUUCACGAUCGAUGGAGAGCAUUACUUGGCUGUUGCAGAGUUUCAUGACCGCAGCACUUAUUCAGUUGACUCUUCACUGUACAAAUGGAAAAGAGGAAGGUUUGAAAAAUACCAAAACUUUCCAACACAUGGCGGAGUAGCUUGUGAUUCAAUUGUGAUUGCCAACGAGACAUAUCUAGUCUUCGCCAACCAAGUUAACCCUCAGAAAAGCUUCGACGCGGAAUCUUCCGUGUACAAAUGGUCAGGGGGUAAUUUUCUUAAGUUCCAAACCGUGAAAGCGCGCGGUCCCUUUAGCUCCAAGUUCUUUCAAGUUGGUGGCCAUGUCUUUCUCGGAUUCGCAAGCUCUCGCAGCACAAAAUCACCUCUCUUGAAAUGGGAUGGCUCAAAAUUUACUUUGUUUCAAGAGAUUCCAACUCGUUGGGCCAUGGAGCUAUGUCUGUUUGAAGUGAAUGGUGAUGUGUUCCUCGCAGUUGCCAAUUAUCAGGAAAGCAAAUCGUCUGUGUUCAAAGCUUUUGGUGCACAAUUCACUCACUAUCAAGAUUUGGAAACACAUGGCGCCCGAGGAGUACACGCCUUAGUUCAUGAAGGCGAGAAACAUCUUGUGUUUGCUAAUUACUUGAAAAACCGAAAAAGGAACAUCGAUAGCUUUGUUUAUAAGUUUGUGUAAACUGUGUAGAGGGACCUCAUCCACAUCACUCACUGUUUAGGAUACAUCAUAUAUCGCAAUUUCACGGUUUCAAGAAAUCCCUGGGAUAAUCGUUUUGUCCCUACUUACAGCAUUUCUUGUUAUUAGCACUGAAGCCAAGAAUAAAUAUACUGUAUAAAAAUUAGAUUGUUUGAUUCAUAGGUAGAUUAUCGAUGAAUUAAAGUACUGUUUCACCGCU